AUGAGCGGAGACUAUGCAGGCUAUAAGGGCUACGACCAGGGCGAAUGGAGGCUCGUUCUGGUCGGAAAAACUGGAGUGGGCAAGAGCGCAGCCGGGAACACCAUCCUGGCACGAGAGGCUUUUGAGUCUGAGCUGUCCCCCUCCUCUAUGACGUCAGAAUGCCACAAAGCCAAAGGGUUCAUCGGCGGGCAUCAUAUUGCUGUUAUCGAUACUCCGGGGCUUUUCGACACAAAUUUCCCCCAAGAGGAAGUUUUGAAAAGGAUUAAGAUGUGCAUUUCGCUGUCUUCGCCUGGCCCGCAUGCGUUUUUGAUUUGCCUCCAGCUCGGGAGGUUCACCAAGGAGGAGAAGGAAACCGUGCAAAUGAUUCAAACCACAUUCGGGGAAGAGGCAGCCAACUACACCAUGGUUUUGUUCACUCACGGUGAUCAGCUACAAAGGCAAAACAUCGAGUCCUACAUAGCAGAGAAUGCAGAUCUGCGGGAGCUGAUUCAAAGUUGCCACAACCGCUAUCACGUCUUCAACAACGAAAUCAAAGACGAGAAGCAAACGUAUAAACUUUUUGACAUAAUUGAGGAGAUGAUAGGAAGCAACGGAGGCGGGUUUUACACCAACGAGAUGUUCAAGCGAGCAGAGGAGGCUAUCGAGAAAGAAAAGCACCGUCUUCUGAUGGAGUUGGAAGAGCAGCGCAGACAGGAGCUGGAGAAGUUGCGCUCCAAGUACGGCAAAAACCAAAAUGUCUACUACAAGGAGGAAAUAAAUGUGAACAUGAGAUACCAAAACAAGGCCCGGAUGCAAGCCGAGAAGUCCAACGAGUUCACGGCAUCUCCGGCUAUCGCCGUGUCAGCAGCCUGUGGCGCGGCCGUCGGAGGGUUAUUAGGUAUAGCCGGGGGUCCGAUUGGGAUCGUAGUGGGAUUCGGGGUCGGAGCAGCUGUGGGGGCAGGUGUGGGAGCUUUGGCCAUACAUGUGUCCAAGGGAUGCAAAAUACAGUGA